CUCAGAUGUAAAACUGUUGAUCGUCUAAUGGUGUGAGAGCCUCACUGGUGAGAACAUACAGAGGACAGACAUUCACUUUUAUUGUCAUGGAUACAACAUCUGGUCAGCUCCCUGAGGAAUGGAAGGCGGAAUUUCUAAAAAUGAAACCAAUCAUACCAGCUAUUCUCCAACUUGUGACAGCAUUAGUAAUAAUCAUAUUUGGAUGUUUUGGAGAAGUUCAUAUUGCAACACCAUGGUGGGCCGGAAUACUGUUUAUUUUAUCUGGGACAUCAUUUUGUUUCCUAUUCAUCUGGCCAUUGGUGACGCUGGGGAAAACAUUGUUAAAGAUCAUAUGCACUGAUGAUCUCAGCCAAAGAGGUGGAACGGCAGGGUGGAGACCGGUACAGCUUAGGCUGAAAAGAAAUAUUUUCUCUUGUGACAGUUGUGAUAAGUAUCUUGGCAUCAGUUGCAGCGAUCAUAAUUUAUGCAGUGGAAUUCUCCAUCCCACAGCUAUUUCCACAUUACAAUAGUAAUGUGUUAUCGUAUCAAGUAGAUGUUACAAUGCUGGCACUGUGUGCAUUUGAGCUUGGAAUUUCUGCCUGGAUUCUCACUUUCCUAAUCAUAUUGAGAAGGACAGCUUUAUAAGUGAAGAACAUGCCGUGUUUUGCAAUACAACACUUUUUAAACUACCAAUCAUUUAAAUGUGAAAUUCUACAGCAGAACGCACUUAUCGGCAUUCUUUUCAUAUCUGUUAUUAAAAGAACUAUGAAACGAU